GUUUUAUUUCAAUGUACAUCUAAUUUUCUUUUCUUUCUUUUUCCAGCUGGUAAGUUACAAGUCAUCUGAAUAUAAACAACAACAAGAACAGCAGCAGCAACAACAACAACAACAACUACAACAACAGCGGAAACAAACUGAUGACGAGGACCUGAUGUUUGACGAUGAGGACGGGACGAGAUCCGAGGCUCCCGUGGCGGCGCCCAUGCAAGACGGCGUGUUGGGCCCUCUGUCGCGACCCAAGAGGCAGUUCUUGCCUUACGAUUCUAAUGAUUACGUUGACUACACUGACGGUUCAGGAUCAGGGUUCCCGCCCCAGAUCUACAUGGUCAAGAUACAUAUCCUCCGCCCGUGGGACAGCCGGUUUAGUAACAAGGGUGGUGCGGCCUUCAAGGAGUUUAAGAACGAAAUCAUGCAACCCAUGCAACAAGUACUCCACCGUGUUCACAGAGACGCAACUCUGGAAGUGGACUCCAUACGCGAAGGCCCGUCAGGACAGUGCAUGGCCCGGUUGGUGGUCUCGAUGCCUGACCACGAGGACCGCCGAGAGAACCUGGUCAGGAACGUGCGAAACGAGCUGGCCAAGGGAAGACUCGGCCAGCUUAUAGUGAACACCGAUUACUUCGAAGUUACCGACUAUUCUGGAGAUGUGGAUAAUGGGGAUGCAAGUAGUAGGGUGACGGGUGGAUGUGCGGCCGAUAGCAUAUUCACCUGUAAGAGCGGGAAGAUCAUUUGUGAUGUUCAGAUGUGCGACGGUACUGAAGACUGUCCUGAUGGUGAUGAUGAGGACGGAUGCGGCUGUGAGGCCGGCCAGUUCUUAUGCGACUCGAUUCGAUGUCAAGAUGAAAGCAUGAAAUGUGAUGGAAUACCAGACUGCGCGGACGGAACUGAUGAAUUCAACUGUGGCGGUGAUACCACCACCAUUCCUGGCCCCUUCACAACAACCUCCACGAGACUGCAGUGCUUAACGGACUCCACACCACAAGUCUGUGAUGACGGCGUGACGCUCGCCUGUUUCUGUGACGAAAACCCACAGUGUCCUAACGGCGAGGAUGAAUCUGUAGCGAAUUGUGGUUCAGAUUGUCCAUCUGGGAAGGUGCAGUGUGGCACUGAGCCAACCUGUAUCGAAUCAAGAUUUGUUUGUGAUGGAUUCCAAGACUGCCGAAACAAUUGGGACGAGGAAAACUGCUCUGGCACCACCACUCCUGUCCCCAUGACAACAACCUCCACGAGACUGCAGUGCUUAACGGACACCACCCCACGACUUUGUGAUGACGGCGUGACGCUCGCUUGUUUCUGUGAUGAAAACCCACAGUGUCCUGACGGCGAGGAUGAAUCUGUAGCAAAUUGUGGUUCAGAUUGUCCAUCUGGGACAGUGCAGUGUGGUACUGAGCCAACCUGUAUCAAUGAAGAAUUUAUUUGUGAUGACUUCUCACACUGCCAAAACAAUUGGGAUGAGGAGAACUGUUCUGAGCCAACAACAGAGGUUAUCUCCUUCACUACCCACCCCUACUCCACCACGCCCUCCACCACCAUGCCCUCCACCACCACGCCCUCCACUACCACGCCCUCCACCACCAGCACCACCAUCACUCCUGACCCCACAACAACCACUUCCACGCCACCACAGUGCUUAAGAGGCGACCUCCCACAAUUUUGUGAUGAUGGCCGGACCCUCGCCUGUUUUUGUGACAACUACAGGCAUUGUCCCGGUGGCGAGGAUGAAUCUGUAGAAAAUUGUGGUUUCGUGUGCCCACCUGGCGAGCAGCAGUGCGGAGACGAGCUCACCUGUGUCUCCUCAGCUCGAAUAUGCGAUGGCUACAGUGACUGUCGAAACAACUGGGACGAGGAGCAGAACUGCCCAUUAACGUGCCCACCCAACAUGCAAAUGUGUAGGGAAGGGAGGAACUGCCUCGCUCCGAAUCAGAUUUGUGAUGGAACCCCUGACUGCCCCGAAGGCUCGGACGAGCAGGAGUGCCACAUUUGCUUGGUGACCCAGUUUCAGUGUGAUGACGGGAAGUGUAUUGAGAAUUACCGAAGGUGUGACCAUAUUGCUGAUUGUGUCAACGCUGAAGAUGAGGCGGUUUGUCCCUGCGAACAUCCCAACUUCCAAUGCAUUAGCCUUAUGUGCAUCCCGCCCGAGGCUCACUGUGAUGGGAAGGUGGAUUGUGAUGAUGGGUCCGACGAGAUUGGCUGUCCGUGUCACGAUAAGUUCACCUGCCGCAACGGGGAGUGUGUGAUGUCGCAGCUUAGGUGUGACGGGAAGGCCGACUGUGGUGAUAGGUCUGACGAGGUGGACUGUAUAGUAUGCCAUGGUGACGCGUUCCACUGCGGUGACGGUACCUGCAUCACGCCUGCCCAGGUGUGUGACGGCCAGGCGGACUGUGACACGGACGAGACGAGCUGUGGUGGCGGGAUGUGUCCUGAGGGGUACUUCCGCUGCUUCACCGGCGGGAACUGCAUUAAUGUCACCUAUCGCUGUGACGGACUUGUGCAGUGCCCGGAUGGUUCUGAUGAAGAAGACUGCCCCUGUCAGGUGUGGCAGUGGACUUGCAGGGACGGGGGUUGUAUCUCUCAGGCCAGCCGGUGUGAUGGAACCAUUGACUGCAACGACAAAUCUGACGAGUACGAGUGUCCUUCUGGUGGAUGCCGAGAAGGAGAAUUUAAAUGCCAGAGUGGUUCCUGUGUCCUAGAGGAGGAUCGCUGUGAUGGAGUAAAUCAAUGCCCUGAUGGCUCAGAUGAGUUUGGCUGCCCAACACCAACCUGUGGCCCAUUAGAGUUCACAUGUGCAGAUGGCAAAUGUGUGCCUGCAGAGAGGAAGUGUGAUGGGUAUCAGGACUGUGCUGAUGAUUCUGAUGAGUACAGCUGUUGCAGUUCUGGUCAAUUCCAAUGUGGGGAUGGUUCCUGUGUGCCAGAAAGUGCUCGCUGUAACAAUGUGCGUGACUGCCCAGAUGACUCAGAUGAGACUGAUUGCCCAGUGUGUCAUCCUGAUGAGUGGAGAUGUCGGGAUGGGAAUUGUGUCCCAGCAGAAGUGCGGUGUGAUGGCUAUCCACAGUGUCUUGACCACUCCGAUGAGCACAACUGCCCUGUCCCUUGUAGUGAUGAGGAGUGGACUUGCAUUGAGGGCUCAUGCAUCCCACAAGAAGCUUGGUGUGAUGGCCGCAUUGACUGUCCUGAUGGCUCUGAUGAGGCAGACUGUACACCUCAAGGGUGCAAAACUGAUGAAUGGACUUGUAGGGAUGGCAGCUGCCUCCCCAUAGAGGGCAGAUGUGAUGGCUAUCAUCAAUGUUGGGACAGUUCUGAUGAAGAGAACUGUCCUCCUAAAUGUCGACCAGAUGAGUUCACAUGCUGGGAUGGGUCAUGUGUGCCUGACUACCUGAGAUGUGAUGGCAGCCCACACUGCCCUGACAGCUCAGAUGAGGCUGAGUGCUACCCUUCAACCUGCACCAGUAACCAGUGGACUUGUUCUGAUGGCUCGUGUAUUCCACAAGAGAAGCGAUGUGAUCAACGCUAUGACUGUCCUGACUACACUGAUGAGUAUAACUGUACAGGUUGCAGUAGCCAGGAGUGGACAUGUUUGGAUAGGUCUUGCAUACCCUUGGAGAAUCAUUGUAAUGGCAGAUAUGACUGUCUGGACCGCUCAGAUGAGGAGAACUGUAUAGCUUCAGAGUGCAGGCCCGAUGAGUUUCGUUGCGUAUCUGAUUACUCCUGCAUUCCAAAGAGUUCUCAAUGCAAUGGUCUUCAAGAGUGUCGUGAUGGGUCUGAUGAAGAGCAGUGUGCACCAAGACCAACUUGCAAAGCUGAUGAGUUUGCCUGCGCUGACGAUGGCACUUGCAUCCCGUCCUACCUGCAAUGUGAUGGCCGGCCGUACUGCCGUGACGCUUCAGACGAGCACAACUGUCCCUCAUCUGCAUGCCGGGUGGGAGAGUUUCGGUGCAGUGACGGUACUUGCAUCCCUGACCACCUGGUGUGUGAUGGCCAGAGGUACUGUUGGGAUGGAUCAGAUGAGUGGGGCUGCCCAACUGAGUCCUCGUGCAACUCCCCCUCAACUUUCCGCUGCAACAAUGGCUACUGUAUUCGUGCAGACCAGCAUUGUGACGGAACAGCUGACUGCCAGGAUGCCACAGAUGAAAGAGGCUGUCCACCUUUGUGCACGAAUAACGACUUUCGGUGUGACGAUGGUACUUGCAUCCCCCUGGAGGCUAAGUGCAAUGAUCAGCCAGAUUGUCAAGAUCAGUCGGAUGAGGCCAAUUGUACUUGCCGCCCUGAUCAAUUCCGCUGUGAUGACGGCAAGUGCCUUGAACAAUGGCAGAAAUGCAACACCAUCAGUGAAUGUAGCCAAGGAGAGGAUGAGCGAAGCUGUCGUCCUCCACUUUUCAACUGCAAGAGUGGCCAACAGAUUGAUCAGCAGUAUCGGUGCAAUGGUCAAGUCGAGUGCCCCUUCGAUCAGUCGGAUGAAGAAGGAUGCCCAUGCAGGCCUGAGGAUCACCUGUGUGAGAGGGAUGGCACAUGCAUUGCUGGCUCAAAGGUGUGUGAUGGCCGCCCAGACUGCAGUGACGCCUCAGACGAGCUCAACUGUCCACUUUGUGGCAGGGAUGAAUGGCAGUGUUUAGAUGGCCAGUGCAUCCAUCGAAGCUAUCAUUGUGAUGGUCGACAGGACUGCUUAGACAAUUCUGAUGAGAGUGUUGAUUGCACACCACCUGUCCGUCCACCAUCCACACCGAGACCAGAAUUGUGCAACAGUGAUCAGUUUGAGUGUCGGAAUGGCCAGUGCAUCGCACGUGCAUACAAGUGUGAUGGGAUCCCAGAUUGCUCAGAUGGAUCAGAUGAAGAGGAGCGAGUGUGUACCCCUGGCCAGUGUCCAGACAGCAACCAGUUCGCAUGCACUUCUGGGGAAUGUGUUGGUUUGGACAAAAGGUGUGAUGGAAACUUAGAUUGCAUUGACAGAUCUGAUGAGCUUGGAUGUCCCCCCAUCCCAGGCAUCUCAGACGGUGAUGAUGAGUGUUCGGUUGGUGAGAUCAAGUGUAAUGAUGGCUUGUGCAUAGACAAGAGCUGGGAGUGUGACAGUGUGCCGGACUGCUUCGAUGGUGCCGACGAACUCAAUUGCUGUAAGACCACUGAGUUCAAGUGUGGUGAUGGAAGCUGCAUCCCUGACCACUUUUUGUGUGACACCAGAUUUGACUGCACUGAUGGAUCCGAUGAGCACAACUGUGAGUGCAAGCAAGAUGAGUUCCACUGCAACAGUGGAGAGUGUGUGCCAAGGACUGUUGAGUGUGAUGGCAAACCAGACUGCAGGGACGGCUCUGACGAGGGUGAUUAUUGCCCCACGCCUUCUCCGUGCACAGCAAAUGAGUUUCAUUGUCAGUCAGGGGAAUGCGUUUCCCAAUUUGUGGUGUGUGAUGGACGUGGGGACUGCUUCGAUGGAUCUGACGAGCUUCAGUGUCCUGAUGGUCAGCCUGGUACAGGUACCUGCUCAGAAUCCGAGUUCAAGUGUCGGGACGGUUCGUGUGUGGACAGAAGCGCAUACUGUGAUAGGAUCCCUGACUGUCGUGAUGGCUCAGAUGAAGAUAACUGUACCAGACAAUGUGCCUCUGGAGAAUUCCAGUGCACUGACCGUCAGUGCAUCCGGCAAGAGUCUGUCUGUAAUAGAGUUCGGGACUGUUAUGACGGAUCAGAUGAAGUAAACUGCCCAACCCUCCCACCACCACCACCACCACCAACAGAAACAACCACCACUACAUAUUGCCGGGGUGAUCAGUUUCAGUGUGGCAGUGGUGACUGUAUCCCUCAGUUCUACGUCUGUGAUGGCCCUCGUGAUUGCCGCGACGGAUCUGAUGAAGAUAGCUGCACUACUACCUCUGGUUUUACUACUAGUACUACUACCACUCCCCCUCCCCAAAACACCUUCCAGUGCCAGGAUGGACGUAUCAUUAACCGUCAGCAGCGUUGUGAUGGCCGAAGGGACUGCAGUGAUGGCUCAGAUGAGAUUGAUUGUCCUGUGAGUGGUAGGAUCGAUUUGAAAACCUUCCCAGAUGAGCAGACCAGCAAGCAGACUCAAGAGGUUGUCUUCCAAUGCCGAGAUGAAGGCACAACUCGAGCCCCUGUGCGGUGGGAGAGGGAUAGAGGCCGCCCUCUGCCUGAAGGCUCCACAGACAUCCGUGGGCGACUUACCAUGCCCCGUGUCCAGAUGGAACAUGAAGGUGUCUACUACUGUGUAGCUCAAGGAGUGUCCCCCAACACACCAGGCAUGAGGAAGCCUGUCUACUUGCGUGUUGAGCCAUCCUCCAAUGAUUGGACUUUGCUUGAGCACCCACUCCCAAAACCUAUCCCUGACUCCUUUCAGCCCCUCUUCCACCACCGCCUCUCCCUUCACCCUCCUACUUCCUCUGUUCGUCACCCUCGCUUUCCUCGCACUGAUCCAUCUCCCACAGUCACCUCUGAUGAACUCCUAACAUCUCAAGUCCAGGAUACUCCUUUAACUAUCCCUCCAGGCCUCAAAUCCUGGUCCCUCACCCACCAAGGCUCCACCACCAUUUAUCCACAGCCCAAACCCUCAAAAUCACAGAACCUCUCAAACAGAGUUGAAGUCUCCUCUGCCAUUUUGAGGGGACACUUUAUUUAUCGUCCAUUAUACACACUCGCCUCAGUGUGUUCACUACUAGAGGCAACCUGCAGAAGUGGUGAGUGCAUCAACAAGACCCAAGUGUGUGAUGGAAGGCCAGACUGCAAGGACUCCUCAGAUGAAGACCGUUGUGGCCGGUGUGAACCAAAUGAGUUCCAGUGUGACAACCGGAAGUGUGUGCUCAAAACGUGGCUUUGUGACUCAGACAACGACUGCGGGGACAACUCAGACGAACAAUACUGUGGCAUCAGUGAUCCAGAUGCCUUCUGCCACAACAAUGAGUUCAUGUGCCGGUCAGGAUCACAGUGCAUCCCCAAGUCCUUCCACUGUGAUGGAGAUAAUGACUGCAUGGAUCUCUCUGAUGAAGAUGGAUGCCGCAAACCUGAGGUGAAAGAGCCACCACCACGCAAUGUGAUGGUUUGGGUGGGUGAGACCUUCAACAUCACUUGUCGAGUUGAGGGAGUGCCAACCCCCAUUGUGCUCUGGAGGCUGAACUGGGGUCAUGUUCCAGCCAAGUGUCAAAUGACCAGCAAAAAUGGAUUUGGGAUGCUAGUUUGUCCAGAUGCCCAACCUACAGACCAGGGAGCCUACUCCUGUGAGGCAAUUAAUGGCAAAGGAUCUGUGUUUGCCACACCUGAUGCCAUUGUUGUUGUAAAGGGAAUUCCUAUCAACCAGUGUCAGCCACCUUCAUUCAACAGUCUUGCUAUCUCUCAGGAGGACUGCUUGAGCUGUUUCUGUUUUGGUAUCACGAAUGAUUGUUUCUCCACUGAUAUGUUCAUCACACAGCUGCCACCACCCAAUGGUGACUCAUUCACUCUUGUUGGGGCAAACCAAGAUCAGACCCAGGGCAAUUAUGUGGUUCGAGAUAAUGAUUACCCUCUGUCCUCCAGACAUCUUGCUUACAACCUACCCGGGACUCAGUAUUCAGACCGGGUUGUGCUCAAUGUAGACCGUUCCAAGCUUAGGGGACCAGGGGACUUGGCGGUGUAUUUCUCCCUUCCUGACUCUCACAAGCGUCAGCAACUUGCCUCCUUUGGUGGUUAUCUCCGCUACAGGAUCACAUACUCUCACUUUGGGGCAAGCCAGACUACCAGCCAUCCUGAUGUCAUCAUCAGGGGGAAUGGCUUGACUCUGAUGCAUGUUCAUGACGGAACCUUCCAAGAAAACAUUGAAAACUGGGUAGAUGUGCGGUUUUUCUACGGCCAUUGGUUCAAGCGCGUGGUUCAGUGGGGUGGCCGAAUCAAGGUGGAACAGCCUGCCUCCAGAGAGGAUAUUAUGAUGGUGCUGGAAAAUAUGGACUUACUGCUCAUCAGAGCACAGUAUACUGAUGGUGACUUCAUCAACACUACACUGUCCAAUGUCCAGAUGGAUACAGCUGAAAUUUCUAGAAAUGAUCAAGGUCAGGCAGGACUUGUGGAGAAAUGUGUUUGUCCGCCGGGCUACACUGGGAUAUCCUGCCAGGACUGUGCACCAAACUACACUCGAGUGAAGGAAGGGCCUUGGCUGGGGCGAUGUGUAUAUGACUUGGUAUGUGGACCCAAUGAGUAUGGUGACCCUGCUAAUGGCAUCUCCUGUCAACCUUGCCCCUGUCCUCUUGGCAGUCCCAGCAACCAGUUCAGCUCCUCUUGCUAUCUGGAUGGUGAUGGGCAGGUGACCUGUAACUGCCAGCAGGGUUACAGCGGCCGUCGAUGUCAGUAUUGUGCCAGUGGUUAUGAAGGCAACCCGACAGUGCCAGGAGACUACUGCAAGCCAGCACCUGUCACCUGCAUGACUACCUUUACCUGCUUGGAUGGGUCCCAGCACCCUUGGUCCCGGCGAUGUGAUGGCAUAAAGGACUGCUCCCAAUAUGAAGAUGAGAGUGAUUGUGAUGUGUGCUUCAAUAGUGGCCAUAGGUGUGAUGACAGACGCUGUGUCCACUUUGAGCGGAUAUGUGACGGUCAUCCAGACUGCCAUGAUGCCAGUGACGAGCGGCCAGAAAACUGCCUAGAUGAGUUGCCUUGUGAUCACAUCCAUCAGUGGACAUGUGCCGAUCCCUCCCACCAAUGCAUAGACCGCAGCCGUCAUUGUGAUGGCUUCUAUGACUGUCCAGACAACUCAGAUGAGCGUUACUGCAACUGCACAUGUGACUCUGCCUUUAACUUCCGCUGCAAUGAUGGCACUUGUUUGGAUGUCAGUGUGCGGUGCAAUGGCCGGGUUGACUGCAAAGAUAAAUCCGAUGAGCACCUAUGUCCCUGUGACCCACAGAGAUACCACACCUGUGGGGAUGGAACAUGCAUUGAUCUUUACCGAGUGUGUGAUGGGAAUCCAGACUGCAGGGAUAGAAGUGAUGAGCCACGCUGGUGUGGAUGCAACCCUAACACCAUGCACAGAUGUGGUGAUGGCACAUGCAUAGAAAAGAGUGCUGUGUGUGAUGGCCGGCCAAAUUGCCGAGACUUUAGUGAUGAGCCUCCCACUUGCUGGCAAAACUGUGACCAGACUCUUGAGUUCACUUGUGCCACUGGGAACUGUAUUGACAUCCGACUUGUCUGCAAUGGUUACACUGACUGCCAGGAUGGGAGCGAUGAGCACUAUUGUAUAGUUUGUGCUGAAAAUCAAUUCCAAUGUGGCGACCACUCCUGUGUCGACCGCCAGCGGCUCUGUGAUGGCCGACCUGAUUGCAGAGACCAGAGUGAUGAGGGGGAGAGGGCCGGUUGCUGCGUGGCUCCAUACUUCUUCCGCUGCCAUGAUGGAUAUUGCAUUGAGUCUCAGCAUGUGUGUAAUGGAUAUUGGGACUGUGGCGAUGGGUCAGACGAGAGAUUCUGCUCUGGCCGGUGUGACCCAGCAGGCAGCAUUGAAGCAGAUCCUGUAUAUGGCAACUGUCAGUGCAAGGAAUUUGUAACUGGUCCUCAAUGUGACCAAUGCAAGGAGGAUGCUUUCUACCUUAGUGAGAGGAACAAAGAGGGCUGCAUCCCUUGCUUCUGCAUGGGCAUCACCUCCUCUUGCUCCUCUUCAAAUCUUCACAGGCAGCAGGAAUAUACUUACUUCACCAAUGACCGGCAAGGGUUUGAGAUCGUUGAUGGAAAUCUACAAAACUUUAUCCGAGAUGACCUGUUUGUGGACUCUAACCGCCAGGAGCUUGUGUUCCGAGACUUCACAAGAUAUGGGCAGAAGGUUUACUACUGGAAGUUGCCACAGCGAUUCCUUGGUGACAAGGUGACGUCAUAUGGUGGCAACCUAACAUAUACCUUGCGCUUUGUGCCGGCACCAGGCGGUCAGAGCUCUACCAACAGUGCCUAUGAUGUGGAGAUCUUUGGCAACGACAUUUUACUGCGACACUUCAAGCAGGGCCAGAGUUCCCUCUCACCAGCACGCCAAGAAACUAUCAGUGUGCCUCUUUACGAGCAGUAUUGGCAGAGGCAGAAUGGGCAAGAGGUGAACCGAGAACACCUGAUGAUGGCUUUAGCAGACUUGGAGUACAUCUACAUCAAGGCCACCUACACCACUGCCACAGAGGAGGUUGGGCUGAAGGAUGUCACUCUGGACUAUGCCGAGGCUCGCAACACUGGUCAAGAGAGGGCUUAUGCUGUGGAAAUGUGUGAUUGCCCUCGAGAGUAUCAGGGAACAUCAUGUGAGGACUGUGCCAUUGGCUACACACGUUCUACAUCAGGAGUCCACCUGGGAACUUGUGUUCCUUGUGACUGCAGUGGCCACUCAACUGAAUGUGAUCCUGACACUGGUGUUUGCUUUAACUGCAAGAACAACACAGCUGGCAACCACUGUGAGCUCUGUGCCCCAGGUUACACUCUGUAUGGUGACACCUGCUACCACACAGAUAGUGGAAGUGAGUGCAUCUGUGACCCUCGGGGCAACCUGUCUUGUGAAGGGAACCGCUGCCAGUGCAAGGCCCAUGUAAUUGGAACUCAGUGUGAAUCUUGUCGACCUGGUUACUACCACCUGUCUGCGGACAAUCCUGUAGGCUGCUUACCUUGCUGGUGUAGUGGUGUCACUUCCCAGUGCUUCUCAUCCAACUAUUAUCGGGAUCAGAUUCCCAUGCAGCUUCUGUUUGAUCAUGGCUUUACUUUCUCCAACAGGCUGCAAACUGAUGUCAUUAAGGAAGGGCUUGACAUCAACUUGGCAAACAACGAAAUAUCCUUCUCGAACUUUAACAAUCUCCGAAACAGGGAACCAUAUUACUGGUCGCUGCCUCAGAUGUUCACUGGAAACCGCCUUGAGUCUUACGGCGGCAGCCUGACAGUGACGCAGAAGUUCCAGAUACAACCUGGUGCUGGCAUCUACCUUGAGGCUGAUGUUAUCAUUCGUAGCACCAGUGGCAGAGAAUUUUUCUGGAUGAGGCCACGGCACCUUCAGCAGAACAUCCCGGACAGGGAGCAGACGUACACAGUAUUGCUGACUGAAGACAGUUUCACCAUGAACCAGCAGCCAGCCAGCAGGUCUGAAUUCCUGAAGGCCCUGUCAUCCAUAGAGGCCAUCCUCAUUCGAGCCACUCUAAGUGAGCAGAUGGUCGCCACCUUCCUCAGUGAUGUCAUCAUGGACACUGCUGUUCCCACUCAGACUGGGCAGCCACGAGCCGUGGAGGUGGAGCAGUGCCAGUGUCCCAUGGAAUACUCUGGCCUGUCCUGUGAGACGUGCAAGGCAGGUUAUUACCGAAAGGAAUCCACCAAUCAGUGCCUCCAGUGUCCCUGCAAUGGACAUGAAUCUUAUUGUGCAGAGCGGCCAGAUGGCAGCGUCCAGUGCGAGUGUCUGCCUGGCUAUUAUGGGCCCAGCUGUGCAGAAUCAGGUCUGAUGGUCGAACUUAGGCCUAUCAAAGUGCUCUUCAGCCAGCAAGCUCGGGAAGUGUAUGAGAACUUCACCUGCUCAUACCACUCAACUGAGCCACUGAGCAUGACAAUCACACGGGAACCUACAUGGGUAGAGGAUGGUUCCCCAGCUGCUCUCAUGGACUCGCAGGCUCCCCACCUCAUCGAGCAGUAUGCCCAUGGAGCUAAAUACUUUUCACUGCUCCGCCUUUUACGUGGCCACAGAACAGUCACUUGCAGGGUAUUUGAUGCCAGUAAUAAAGAGGUGGCCCAGAUGUCCUCCCAAAUAUUUUAUACCUAUAAAGACUGGACAGCACAUCCACCCACCCCUGGAGAGGACGGCCCCACCAUUGAGGUGAUUGUUUCUGAGCCCAGCAUCAAGGUUGUCACUGUCAACUCCACUGUCCAGUUGGCAUGUUCUGCCCGUGCUGUGACUGGUGUUCAGACUCGCAUUCCUGUUACCUGGAGCAAGGUUGGAGGGGAGCUGCCAUAUGGGAGAGCAAGGGACAACCGUCAAGGCCUGCUGGUGAUCACUGAGGUCCGGUCAUCUGACAGUGGAGUGUACAUUUGUGCUGCUGUUGACAGCUAUGGACGGGUGGUCACCGACAACGUUACUCUCACCGUCAGUCGUGGACGUCCCAAUGUCAUUGUGGAGCCAAAGCAAGGUCGCUUUGAUAUCAAUUUAAGAGGCUCACUUGAGGUGAGGUGUUCUGUUGAAGGCAAUCCAGAGGCACAAGUGACUUGGACCUUUGGACCCAACAGACCUCUUCCACCAAAUGUAUACCAGCAGAGUGGUGUGUUGACCUUCCGUGAUGCCCAGCUGUCAGACAGAGGAGAAUACUACUGCACCUCCACCAAUGCUUACGGACAAGGCAUUACUCGUGUCUACAUCAAUGUGGUGACCAGUCCUCCGGGUGAAAUCAUCAUCAUUGAGGUAUCUGAGGAAAAUGUGGUGGCCCAGGCAGGAGAAACUGUACGAGUGAGGUGUUCUGCUAGCAACAUUCCCGGUGCCCUGAAUAUUGAAUGGAGUCGCCUUGCUGGCUCUCUCCCACAGCAAUCUGUGGUUGAGCAAGGAGAACUACAAAUCCCCAGUGCCCAGCCUGCAGACUCAGGGACUUACGUGUGUCGCAUAACUGAUUUGCGGACAUCUGUGUACAAUGAAGCCAGCACCAGGAUCACCAUCACUCAGUACACGAGCCUGCCAACGGUGCAGAUCCAACCUGACCGCCAAACCAUCAACCAGGGCACCAAUGCCGAGCUCUUGUGUCGUGUCUCAGGGGACCCGUCUCCUGUUGUCACCUGGAAUAAGGCAUAUGAGUCACAGAGCUCCAGGGUGAGUGUAGAAAACAAUAUACUGAGGAUCACCAACGCACAAGUAAGUGACCGCGGGAUGUACGUGUGCACUGCGAAGAACGAGGGUGGUACAGCACAGGCUGCAGCCAUCAUUGAAGUUGAACGCCGUGAGCCUCCACAGAUUGAGAUGCACCCUCAGAUGAAGCAGACAGUUGUGGUGGGUGGCAGUGCUCUCUUCCAGUGUAACCUGAUUGCCGGCAUCCCUGCCCCAACUGUGAAAUGGACCCGUACUGAUGGACAGCCUUUCUCUUCCAACACUGAGGUCUUAAUUGGCGGUGUGCUGAGGUUCAAUCAGGUGCGAGGAGAUGAGGAAGGUUCAUACAUAUGCACUGCUGAAAAUGAUGUUGGUUCCGUCACUUCCAUGGCUCUGCUGGAGGUACAGUCCUUGCCCAUCAUUAACAUUCGUCCUGGACCAUCACCAUACAUUGUGCGCACUGGAGACACUGUCCGCCUUGAAUGCUUUGCAGAGGGAGACCCACCACCUUCAGUUUCCUGGAAGAAGUUGCAGGUCAACUACCCAACACCAGGCCAUAGCGUGUCUGGAAGAUCUGGUGUGACUGAGUAUACAAUCACCAGUGUCUCAAAGGCCGAUGAAGGUAUUUACUUGUGCUCAGCUGAGAACAGUGCAGGAACAACUGAUGAGAGAUUGCAGUUGCUGGUAGAAGAUGUACUGCCUGGCACUCUUCGCCCUGCUGUGCCUCCUCCAGGCACCGGUGUUAGUACUGGGGGUGGUGGAGUUGUGUACAUUCCAGCAGGAAGCCCCUAUGAAUUCAUGUGCUCAGGAGAAGGGCCAGAGAGUGACCAGCUUGAGUUCUCCUUCCGUCGCAGUGACAACCGCCCACUGCCACAGGGAUCUCGGACCCACCAGGGUACUCUUUACUUAACUGUUGUGGAUGAGUCAGCCUCAGGGGAGUAUGCUUGUGUGGGCCGUGACCGCGUCUCUGGAAGCAUUCUCUUCACCAUUUACACCACCAUUGAAGUGCUUGUCCCUCCACGCGUCAGCCUUGAGCCAGCCCGCCAGGUGGUUCGCCCCGGUGAGGUGGUUCGUAUUCGCUGCUCUGCCACUGGCCUACAGCCUAUUACCAUUGAGUGGAGCAAAGAUCAGGGACGCAUGCCAGCAUCUGUCAUCAUCAAUGGGGGAGAACUAACAUUCCGAGGCAUUGCCACCACUGAUGCUGGUCGCUACAUCUGUGUUGCCCGGAACAGCGGCGGGAUAACAAGGGCUGUAGCUGAAGUACUUGUAAAUGCAUACAAGGGAAGCCAGAGCACCUUCUCCGGAAUCACAGAAGGCCUCUAUUUUGAUGAUCUUGAGGAUGGUGACGUUGACGAAGAUGAUUCAUCCUCCACUCCUGAUGAGGGCUACUUCCUUCAAGUGGAAGAGAUCAUGUGUAAAUUUAUUUGUCAUAAUCGCUCCAUCUGCAUCUCACCUCUGGAAAUGUGUGAUGGAAAACCAGAUUGUCCUGAUGGCGAGGAUGAGGAAGGCUGCUACUUUGACAGCCUCAUUCCAACCUGUGAAGACUCACCCUGUGGCAACAAGAUGUGUUUACCCCAUUACAAAGUGUGUGACGGCAUACCUGACUGUAAUGAUGCAGCUGAUGAGACUAAAUGCCAUGUUGAUAUAUUCGACAAUAGCAAGUGCUCAGAUUUCUUCAAAUGUGGUGAUGGUUCCUGCUAUUACUUCUACCUCAACUGUAAUGGCGAGUGUGAUUGUAAUGACUGCAAAGAUGAGAAGAUAUGUUUGCGUCGGAGGAGAGAAAUGUCGCAUGAGGAGCCACUGCUCACUGCCACAGAUCCUCAGGUGACUUUGUAUGUGGGCCAGACAGGUGAGCUGCGCUGCGAGACAUCUGGAAUCAAUCCCAAUGAUGUGAGAUGGAGCCGUGUAAAUGGCCGACUGCCUCCAAGUGCUGUGACUCGAGGAAACAUACUCAGGCUGCCUCUGAUUGAGAUCCAAGACAGUGGUAACUAUCAGUGUGAGGUGGUGACACCAUCAGGGAUGCGCCUCUACGAUAUCGUCACCCUUAUUGUCAGGCGACCACAGACAUCCAACAUCCAGAUCCGCUCCAUUCCAUCUGUUGUACACCGUGGAGAGAAUGUCGAGUUGAUCUGCGAGGUGGAAAAUGAACCAGCUGCUGCCAUAUCCUGGCGGAGAGUGGAUGGGGAUCUACCAUAUGGAGCAGAAUCCUAUGGCAACAUUUUGAGAAUACCCAGUGUACAGGGCGGUGGAAUUUACAUGUGCAGCGCCACAACUCGUCAGGGCAUUUUUGAUGAGAGAUUUGGCCUUGUUAUCCGAGAAGAUCAUGUGGAGGGCAUGACUCACCGUUUGCGGUCUGGGAACACAGAGUCACAAUCGGUGGCCCUUGGUCUUAGUGUCACCAUGGAGUGCCACUUGUCCCUGCCUGGCCCUGUCUCCUACACAUGGGCCAAGAGGGAUGGAAAAUUGCCUGCUAAUGCUCGCACUGAUAAUGCCAUCCUUGACAUCUCCAAGGUGCAGGCUGAGGAUGCUGGAUAUUAUGUUUGUACGAGCUGGAACUUGGAAAAGAGUGCUGACCUCUCCAUCCUGCUCAUUGUGACAGAUGUUGUGCCAAGGUUCAACAAGAGCUCCUACCUAGCCCUGCCUACACUCUCAAGAGCAUACACCAUGUUUGACAUUGAGAUCACCUUCAAGCCUGAGUCCCCUGAUGGCCUCAUCCUUUACAACAGCCAGCGAGCAGGACCUGAUGAAGGAGAUUUUGUUGCCUUUGGUCUAACUGGUGGCUACCCAGAGUUCAGAUUCAAUAUUGGUGCUGGGCCAGCCAUCAUCAGAGGCACACAACCUUUGGAGAUGAAUCAGUGGCAUACUGUCAAGCUUUCCCGCAACAGAAAGGAGGGGAGAAUGAUGGUGAAUGGUGGGGAUCCUGUGGUUGGAGUGAGUGAAGGCCGCUUCCGUGGCCUGGACCUGGUGGAGCCUCUGUUCUUGGGUGGUGUUCCAGACUUCCAGAAUGUCCAUCGACAAACUGGCAUGACUUCAGGCUUCAAGGGUUGUAUCAGUCGCCUUGUCACUGGCAACACUCUCAACACUGGCUUUGUGAUGAAUGCAGUGAAGCUCGUGGGAAUUACAUCAUGUGAGACCUGUGCUACCGAUCCUUGCCAUAACAGUGGAGUCUGUCAGGAAGCUUACAAUGAGAGAGGACAUAAGUGCUUCUGUCCAGCUGGCUACCUUGGGGAACUAUGUGAGAAUGCUGGAGAGUCCUGCUAUGAAGGUGCCUGUGGGACUGGCCGCUGCAUCAACAAACCUGGCGGCUUCGAGUGCUACUGUCCCUUUGGCAAGAUUGGUGAACGCUGCAGCCAAGAUAUUUCCAUCUAUGAACCAGCCUUUGGAGACGAGUCUUACAUUGCCUUUCCAACACCCUUGGCCAGGCAAACCUUUGCAGUUGAUAUGAAUGUCAAACCUGAGUCCCUGGAUGACGGUCUGCUGAUGUACUGUGCCCAGACAGAGAGUGGAUCAGGGGACUUCACCUCUCUUGCCAUUCGCAACAAGCGACUUGAGUUCCGCUUCAACUCUGGCAGCGGCACGGCCAACAUACAGAGUGAACCCAUCACUGAGGGCGAAUGGAUUAAGGUUCGGGUGAACAGGACAGAUAAACUGGGUUCCCUAAAGUUGAAUGAUGGACCAAUGGUGAAUGGCGAAUCUCCAGGCAGCAACUUAGGCCUCAACCUCCUGACGCCUCUCUUCAUUGGCGGCGUUGACAACUCACGCAUCCACGUGUCUUCAGAUGUUGGCGUCAAGACAGGCUUCAGGGGAUGUGUUUCAGAGAUCAGAGUGAUGGACCAGGAGGCACCACUGAAUGAGGCAGUAGUGGACUCUGCUAAUGUGGACCAGUGUGGUGGAGGAGUUUCACCCUGCAGCCGGUCACCCUGCCAGAACAAUGGAGCUUGUGUGGAGGACCCAAGCUCCAUUCACGGCUAUACCUGCCACUGCAUUAAUGAAUACAGUGGGGACAACUGCGAGCAUGAGCCAGGUGUAUGCAGCAUGGUCCAGCCGUGCAGGAAUGGAGGAGCCUGUAUUCAUCAGGGACACAGAUACACCUGCCUUUGUCCCCUUGGUUUUACCGGCGGUCACUGUGAACGUGUUGUGCAAAAUAUUGGAGGCUCAGCAGCCUUCUCUGGAAGUUCCUGGGUGGAGCUGAACCGCACCCUGCUCCCCCAAGAGUCUGACAUCCCACAGGUCAUCUCCUUUGAAUUCAGAGCACGUCGUCCUAAUGGCCUCUUGUUCUGGUAUGGACAAGACUCGACUGUCAGGGGCAAAGGACAAGAUUAUAUCAGCAUUGCCAUCAAAGAUGGAUAUGUGGAGUUCAGCUAUGAGCUUGGGGGAGGUCCAGCCAUCAUUCGCUCCCAGUCUAGAGUUGACGACAGUCAGUUCCACAGUCUGGAGGUGGAGCGGACAGGGCAGCAAGGUGUCUUUACCCUAGACCGUGAGACUCCUCAAGUAACACACAGUCCUGGAGACCUGCACAUGCUCAAUGCUAAUGGGAAUAUCUACAUUGGUGGGGCACCAGACAUCCCUUACAUGACUGGAGGCAUACACACCAGUGGCUUUAUUGGCUGCAUCCAGAAGCUGUCCAUUGGAGGCCAUACCAUUGACAACUUCCUCACCCUUCCCCUCUCAGGAGUCAAUGUCAUCCCAUGCCCUCGCCAACGUGGAGGGCGUAGAAAGGGGCCACAGAGGGGCUAACAAGAGCAGCAUUUGGACCACUCACUCAUCCACCGUGAGCACUAGUCUUCCAACUCGCCUCAAGAAUGGAUCCACAGUACUCUGCAAGCCCUUGCCACUGCCACUCACACCACCUCCAUCACCCAGCACCACUCCCCUCCACUCCCAUCCAGCACUGCCUGUCUUUGCUGAGGGAUAAAAAUGUGCCUUGAUGCAGAGGGCAUAACAUCCACAUGCACACACACACACACUCCUUUCUGAAAGGGCUUCCCCACCUCCUCCUACUCUUCCUUCUCCUCUUCCAGUGCUUCUGUUGCCUUCUUACAGUGUUUUGUCUCACAUUUAUAGAAAAACAAAAACAGCAGCAGCCAUCUUUAUUUUAUUUUAUUUUAUUUUAUAUUUUUUAUUUAUCUUAUUUAUUUAUUUUAUUUUUUAUUUAUUUAUUCAUUUUAUUUUAUUCUAUUUUAUUUAUUUAUUUGUUUAUUUAUUUAAUUUUUUUUUUUUUUUAUGUGUGUGUAUGUCUGUAUGUGAGGUGCAGUGGUAUCUAGGCUGGUUGAGAGGAAGAGACUGUUGCUGAUCAGAGGAGUGACUUUGGUACUAUUUAGUUAAGGCAAGGUAUAGUGAGGCAGCUGUAACUAAUAAAUCUGCUCUCUCUCCUCCUUUGAUGCCCAACUCCACAAUAUUCUCUCUCUCUCUCUCUCUCUCUCUCUCUCUCUCUCUCUCUCUCUCUCUCUCUCUCUCUCUCUCUCUCUCUCUCUCUCUCUCUCUCUCUCUCUCUCUCUCUCUCUCUGUCUCUCUCUCUCUAUUGUUCAGGGUACAAAGAGGACACAAGAAAAUGUUGAAGAGUAGAUGUUUGUAUGACAGAAAAAAGUACACCUUCUCUCAUAGAAAUAUGGAUGGCAGGAAUAGACUCUUAAGAAGAGGUGACAGAGAUGAGAAAUGUAAAUCAACCAAGGGAAAAACUAGGUAAAUAUAGAUAUGGAGACAGGAUCACACAAGUAUAACUAAGGUCCUGUACAUUGAAGUUAGGUAGAAUUACACAUGAAAGGGUCUUUUUCCUUCAGGUUUUAGCAAAUAAGUGAAAUGUAGAGAAUCACUAACUUAGAGCUUAUAUGUGCUAUCAUAGUGCUGGUGUAGGCAGACUCUCUCUCUCUCUCUCUCUCUCUCUCUCUCUCUCUCUCUCUCUCUCUCUCUCUCUCUCUCUCUCUCUCUCUCUCUCUCUCUCUCUCUCUCUCUCUCUUCUCCUCUCCUCUCAGUGGAGCAACUUGUGUGUGUUGUGUUUUUGCCGUUGUUGUCUUUGUGCUAAGAAAUAAAGUGGUGCUGAAUCUGUGUGUGUGUGAUAUAUAGUGUUGCUGCUGCCUCAGCUGAGUUUUCAUUAUCAUUAUUAUUAUUAUUAUUUUUAUUAUUAUUAUUAUUAUUAUUAUUAUUAUUAUUAUUAUUAUUAUUAUUAUUAUUAUUAUUGCUGUUAUUUCAUUAUUAGUUUUGUCAUUUGUUAUUAUUUUUAUUUUUAUUUCUGCUGACACUGUUUAGUUUUAUUGGAAGUGUUCUCUUAUUUGUUUCUACAUGCUCGCUGCUGCCCAUCACCCAUUUUGGUUUAUUUUAUUUAAUGGGCUUCAUUGGCUUAUUCUUGCUUAUUAUUAUUAUUACCAUUAGUAUUUAAUCUCUCUCUCUCUCUCUCUCUCUCUCUCUCUCUCUCUCUCUCUUUCUCUCUCUCUCUCUCUCUCUCUCAUAUUUAGCUGACAAUGGUGCUACAGGAUGAAAUACAUUACUUGCAACUCACUGAUGAUGUAUCAUAGUUUUGUAACAUAAGUUUUCUAAUAUUUUGAUUAACUUGCUCUCACCACUGCCAUUAAUUAAUUAGUUCUCCAUUUUAAUAACUUUAUGGGGGAGGUUAUUGUGUGUGUUCUGUUCUGAACUGUGGAAAUUGCUUAAUUGUUACUAUUUAUGCUUUUUAAGGCAUCAAACAGCUUUAUAUAUAUUUUUUUUUUCUGCUGCACAGUGGCGUGGCAACCUCCCCUUCCCCCUAGAGUCACUCACUGUCCUUUAUGUAACUUAAGUAGUCAUAUUUAAAAAAUUGGCUUAGAGACUCUCUCUCUCUCUCUCUCUCUCUCUCUCUCUCUCUCUCUCUCUCUCUCUCUCUCUCUCUCUCUCUCUCUCUCUCUCUCUCUCUCUCUCUCUCUCUCUCUCUCUCUCUCUCUCUCCCCCCUUUUAGUUCAUUAAGUUAAUGGAAUUCACCAUGGAAGGCUUAAAAUAUUGCCUAGGCACCAUCCCUCCUUACUUCCUUCUCCCCUCUCCUAGUAGGGUUGAGUGCUGGCUCUUGGCAGAGGACAGUGUGAAUUGCAUUUAUUUUAUAGUGUGGUAGCCUCCUUCCUAGCCCACCGGCUGGAUUUACUCCCUCUCUUUCCCUUUUCUUAAAACCAACCACCCCCAAUACUCUUCUAACUUAGGGUGAAAUUUUCUUUUCUUCAUGUGUUUGCGCCAGUCUAUAUCUUGUUGUCCUGAGAGUUUAAAAGUAAUCAUUGUAUGUGUGUUAUCAACCCUUAGAAGCAAUAAAAUAGAUGUAUGUAUGUACGUACGCACGUGUGCAGUUGUGGUCAGCUAAAGCUGAAAUCCCUCAGUCAUGAGAAUAGCAGUGCCUCAGCACAAGGCCUCAACACUAGCAGCAGCAGUAGCAACAAGGAGGGAUUAAUUGCCUUCAUUCAGCAAUAUUUGGCUAUGUUGUGGCUGCAUCUUGCUCCAACUAGUGCCUGGGAGAAGACUGCACAUGAGACCAGAGGUAUCAUUAGGUCCCUCUCUUAGGGAUAUUGCUCCAAAUAUUUCAAGCCUAGCACGAGUGUUCCCUGAAAAAUUAGGUGUUUAUAACACAGCAAUAGACAGAAUGUAACAGAGCCAAGUUGACUUAGGUAGAAAUGCCCCUGCUUACAACAGUAUUCAUAGGAGUCCCAGCUAAGCCUGAUGACAGUGGUUCUGCUGCUGCUGCUGACACUCCAGCCCAUGUGUAGCAUCUUUAUCAGUGGCUUCCCCUCGUGCUGGUCCUGGUGCUGCUGCUGCUAUUGUUUUUAGUUUUGUCCUUGUAGUCUGAACUUCCUGCUAUACUCUGGCUGCUGCAAUGUUGUGAUGUGAAUAAUAAGUAAUUAAUGAGUAAUAAUAUUAAUGAGUCCAUAUCAUUUAGAACUUGUCUUGAGAAAUAAACAUGCCACACUUG